GCGGCGCUGCCCGUCCCGCACGGCUCCGUCCCGGCCAUGGCUCUGCGGCUGCUGCGCGGCGCGCCCGGGGCAGCGAAGUCAUCGCUUCUUUGCCACUCGCGAAGCAGCUCCAGCUCUAAGCCCGGAGGAAGAUCUCAACCUGCUAAGCAGCCACUAAAGAAACCAAAGUUACCAGUGGGGAGGUUUGAUGAACCAGAAGAGUCCAGUAUGGAGAAGGAACCCCUGGAAAAAUUCCCUGAUGGAAUCAAUCCUACUACAAAAGAGAGGGGUGGACCCAGAGGCCCUGAACCUACACGUUUUGGAGACUGGGAAAGAAAAGGACGUUGUAUAGAUUUCUAAUAUUGAAAUGUCUGUAUUGAUAAUAAAAUAUUUCUAGUUGCUUAAAAAUAUAAUGUACAGAAAAAAAUCUCACCUGGAUUUGUCAUGGAGCUUAUUGUUUCUGUUGUGCCACCACAUUCUGUCAUGUGAUGAAUCUUCUUAAUAAUGCGAUGUAAUUAAACACAGUGCUACAGCUCA